AGACAUGAAGAAAAUAAUACUUUUGGUAACUUUUCUUCACUAGGGCAGACAUGAAGAAAAUAAUACUUUUGUUUGGAGUUUUGGUGGUUUGUGUGCAAGCUUACAGGGUUGAACGAUACAGAGUGCCCCGGAAGCAGGCUAAAAUACUACCUGCCUCAAUUCAAUCAGAAGACGAUGCUAUGAUUGAAGAUUUCAAAGCUAGGUUUCAAACAGAAGACGUUGAUGUUAAGGAUAUUGAUGUAAUUGAUGAAAACAUUGAAUAUGAUGAUAAUGUUGCUAUAGCAAGUGCACCUCUAGAAGAGCUGGAGAAGCUGCCAAUUCCAGUCCCAAGGAAAGCACAUUUUCAAUCCAUUCCUGAAAGUCCACAAGAUGAUCAAGACCAUGAAGAGCAAAAUAUGAAAAAAGAUGAAGAUGGAGAAACGAAAGAGGACAAUGUGAGUAUGCAAGAGGUAUUUGCUGGUAAAGAAAUACUUGGCAAUCAUGUGGACUCCCGUGAGGAUGAAUCUAUAUCUGUUCCACCUGUUGGAGCUCUCAUGCUUUGCUCUUUCUUUGCUACACAGCACUAUGUGCCAAGCUUUUGCUUUAAUCAGAAGGGUAGAGAGGAUGAAUCUAGACCAGGACUAAGAAAUGUUUGUGACUUUUAUGCUGUACGUGGUUAUCUCCCAUUCUUCUGCAAGCAAAUUAGCCCAAAAGGUAGGAAAAGAACUUCAGAGCAAAAAAUGCGCACAGAAAGUGAUGUUGCUGCAGAUACGGUCUUAGAACAGUUUCUUAGGGGUGGUGGACUUUUCCCCAUAAUUCCAGUCAAACUUCUGGAGAAGGUUCAAAGGAAGCAGGGCAAACAGGAUGAUGAAGAAAAUGCAUCUGAAGUUGAGAGCAGUGGUGAAACUGAAGAUUUUGGUGAAAAUGAAAAUGUUCCUGAACAGGAAGCAGGGGAUUUGGAUGAUGGCGAAUACAAUUACAUUUAUGAUCCAAUUCUGUCCCAGCCCCAGCCUGUACUCAUUGAUCCUAACACUGGUUUUCCCAUUGAUCAGAAGAGGGCCAAUCUGACAUUUGGACAAAUAUUAGGAGGAACCUUGGCUGCAGGCGCAGGUCUGGCUUUAUUGAACAAUUAUAUUAACAAGCCUAAACCAGGUUAUAGUCAACAAUACAACCCAUAUCAACAACAAAAUGGAUUCAACAAUCCUUACAACAAUCAACAAGGAGGAUACAACCCAUACCAACAACAAGGGCCUUACAACCAGUAUCAGCAACCAGGAGGUUACAACCAGUUUCCCCAACAAAAUGGUGGGUAUAAUCCAUAUGCUCAGCAGUACAACCCUUACUUGCAAUCAUCGUUCGGAUCCUAUGGUGCUUAUGGAAGAAGCCUUACAAAAUUGGCAGCGGAGCAGUUGAAAGCCAGGCACCAUUUAGAACAAGCUUCUUUAAAACAAGCUGUUGAUGAUAAGAAUGCCCGGAGAAGUACAUUUAAUAAACUAGUAGUGGGUGGAUUGGGUGUAGCUACGGCUCUUGCUGUUACAAACAGUAUUUUCAGCAGACCAUCCUAUGGAUCAUCAUACUCGUCAUAUAAUGGGGGUUAUGGCAGCCAAAUUAGACAUCAUAGUCAUGGAGGAUAUGGAGGAUACAGCGGUCAUGGCAACAGAUAUCCAACUUACGGGAGCCGCUUUCCUUAUUACAGAUCUGCAGGGGUUGGAAUUGGUCCUCUCUUAGCAAAGUGUAAAAAUGGAAAUUGUGGAAUUGCCUCAACUGGAAAUGAAGUAGUGACCCCUGAAGAUUGCUUAGUAGAUUAUUACUUUGAGUACAACACCAAACAAUACUUCAUUUGUGAUGACAAAGCGGUAAAGUGGGCCAACCUGGGUGAAGGAAAGGAGUCUGAAGACCAUUUCAUCCCCAAGCGUGUAAAGAGGGCUGAUGAACUUGAAAAUGAAGAAGAAGACUCCGGAGAACCAACUAUCAACUCUAACAAUAAGGAAGAUGAAGGCUUAUCUCAAGAAGAAGAUAUGAUAAUGCCAGCAAUGGAUGAGCAGGAUGUUUUCCCAGCUGAUGUUGAUGGCAAACCAACAACAGUUAAAAAACUGUUGGAACGAAAAAGAACAAAUUUUGCCUCGGCUCCAGUUGCUGAUCUAGGGCGUGGAUCAUUAAACAACUUGGUAGCUGGUGGUUUAGGUCUUGGAGCAGGUGUAUAUCUUGCAAACAAAUUUACAAAUCCAAGUUACAUAUAUAAUACAGGAUAUAGAGGUGGAUAUUUUGGAGGAUAUGCUGGUGGAAGGCCAUAUACAGGAUAUAGUGGAGGAUAUGGAGGCAGUUACAAUGGAGGAUAUUUUGGAAGAACUGAAGAUGAAAGAGAAGUUCUGGCAACUGAUGAAACUGGAGAUAUUGCAACAUUAGAUGAGUUUGGAGAUGUUCUUGUUCUUGAUAAAUUUGGAAGGGAAAAACUGUCAACAGGACAAACCUUAGCUCUUGGAGCUAUUGGAGCAACUGCAGGAUAUUUCCUGGCUAACAAGUUUUCAAACCGACCAUCAAACCAGCAGCAGUUAGAACUUUCAUCACAGCAGUACGGUGGAUACCCUUUGCAAUCUUCAAGCGGAUAUCCUUCCCAAUCCUUUGGUGGAUAUCCAUCACAAUCGUUCAGUGGAUAUCCUUCCCAAUCCACCAACGUAAAUCCUUUCCAAUCCCUCAGCGGAUUUACAUCUCAAUCAUUCAGUGGUUAUCCAUCACAAUCAAACAGUGGAUAUUCUUCCCAAUCCUUCAAUGGAUAUCCAUCACAAUCAAACAGUGGAUAUUCUUCCCAAUCUUCCUAUGGAUACAACGGCCAACAAGGGUUUGCUGGUCAACAAUCUACAAACAAUGGAUACAACGGACAGUAUAGCUCUGGAUAUCCAAGCCAGCAGUUUACACAAAGUUUUGCGGGACCGAGCCAAACCUCUGCAAACAGUGGAUACUACGGAUCAUCUAAUGGAAACUACCAUUCAUAUCCACUAGACAUCAACAAUCUUAGGACUUUUGCAAUUGCAAAUAUCAUUGAAAGCGACAAUAUUGGAGAGGUUGAACAGGAGGCAGGAGAAUAUGAAUUAGGCUGCAAACCUUAUGUUGCUUUUUAUAUUGGGAAAAAACCAUUUUACAGAUGCAAGGGUGAGACUUCAGGACGUAUAACACAGGACUUAGUUCCGGAGAAAACCGGAUAUGGAUGGAACAUUCCUUAUGUUUCAACUGGAACAGGUUCCUCAGUUUCCGCAUUUGUUCCUGUCGGAUCGUAUCCGGACAACUACGAGUAUUAUGAAAAAAAUAAAAUUUUUCUGGAACAGUUUUCCUAAUUCAAUAGUUGUUUUACGCAACAAAUUCGCAUCGCUUCCAAUUCCUCGAUCUCAUUUCGUAUCUUAUUAAUUGCCUAAAUGUUGUUUUUCUACCAAAAAAGUUCCCAACUUUAAUAAAAUUGUAUACAACCCUUAUCACAUGAACUUUAGUAUUUUUUAUGGUACAAUCUAAAACUUCUAGAGUAUCUAAAUUUAUAUGCAUAAAUUGUGUUCAUUGAAAUAUCAAUUAUCAAAUCUAC